AUGAGUGCACUAUCCACAGACACAUGCUGCCGUGUGGCAAGGAGUCAGCGCUGCAUGUCGGAGCAGCUGGUGCUGCUGUCGGCGCUGUGCGCACUGGAAGCCGUGCCGCUCAAGUUCAACUACUUCGCCGCCUUUUGGCGUGACGUCGCCAACACGCCCGCCGAUGCGAAGUUAGAAGAAAUGCUCUUAGAAUGCAGUGUAGUAACGGAAUACGUAGAUGCAGUGCUACUGGAUGAAAGAGAUUCACUGGAGGAUCCAGCGAUAUAUGAGUUCAUGCAGCAUUAUUACCCCAAGUUGUGCGCGCUCGCGAGUUCGUCGGACGCGCCGGAGUCGCCGUCGGGCAGCGGGGGCGGCGGCGGUGCGACGAGCGGCGCGGGCGCCGUGUGCGCGGCGGUGGCGCUUGCGGAGGAGCUGGCGGCAGCGGCGGCGCGCGCGCCAUUGGGUGCGCUGCUGGGCCGCGCGCGCGCGCUCGCCCUGCUGGCGCCGCACGCGCUCGCGCACGCGCACGAGCCGCCGCUCGCGCUUCAGCACGCCGCGCAAGCGCUGCAGCAGCGCCUGCUGCGCGCCGCCGAAGAAGAAAAUUCAGAGCCGGAGACUGGCGCGGGGGCGAGCGAGCCGGCGCGCUGUCCGUCUCGGGACGGCAGCGACGCGGAGGCGGACGCGGAAGGAGAUGUGGACGGGGACGAGGCGGGGUCCGAGGCGGCAGCGGACGCGGACGAGUCGGCCGAGGAGGAGCCGGCGCCGCGCGGCGGCUUGCUGGCGCGCCUCACGCUGGCCGUGCACGCGCUCGCCGCCGCCACUGCCACUGCUGCCACCGCUGCCCCCGACCUCUGCGACGCCCAGCCCUAG